UCUGAGCCUCGGACCGGCGACUUCAUAGUCAUAGUUGUGGGUGGGCAGAGGGUGGGAAAAUAUAUGUAGGCCCGACUGAGGCUGACGUGGGACAGAGCAACGCUGUCAGGCGAUUUUGGAGCCGAAAGCGCCGAGGUCGGAAUAGCCUGACGUGCGUGAUAAAGGGUGACAUAAGGGAGCUGCACAGGUUCCCAUUGAGCGAUGAAGCACCGAUACUUGCCGCACUUGCCGGACGUAUCCUGGCUGGACUUGCGAGAGCUCUUGGGUAUUCCACAAGCACGCCGGCGCAGAGAAGAACCCGAACAGGACAGGAAACGCAUUGGCUGGGCCCUUGACGUGCCCCAGCCCCUCGUCAAAUGCAAAGAGUGCGGCCGAAUUGUGUACCGAGCUGCUUUCCUCGAUCAUUGGGACGUUUGUAGUGCUCCAGAACCAGUACGCCAGAUUGCGGUCGUCAUGGACGGAACGAAACCAGACGGUUCGCCGGCGCCCUCCGCCCCUGGCACACCGUCUACGAAGAAGAGGAAACUGCCACCGGUUGGAACGCCAGUGGAUGACGGAUCAGAAGCCGGCGAUAGGGAGAUACCUGCUAAAACCGCAAAGGUUGCUGUGCGGGCCACAGCUCAACAGAAAAAGGCUGCUGCCCAAAAGGAGGCUGCCCAAGCAAAGGCAAAUGCUGCGAAAGCAAAAGGAGUCCCCACAUUGGAUGCCGACAUGGAUAGGAACUGUGGGGUACAAUUGGCGGAUGGCACCAGGUGCAUGCGUUCGAUAACCUGCAAAAUCCAUACCGUCGGGCAAAAAAGGGCCGUAACGGGUCGGUCGCAACUGUAUGAUGUGUUGGUGGCUGAAUGGCAUCAAGUUCAGAAGGAAGAGAAGAAGAAAGAGAAAGGAAAAGGCGACCUACGAGUUGGAUCAGCAGCAAAUUCACCACAUACCCUCGCUCGCCCAAGCGGCGCCAUCCCCGUUGCAAGCUCCUCGACCGCGCCGCUCGAACCACAAAGCCUCACCAAAGAACAAGAAGCAGAUUACGUCUUCAACGCCAUCCGUCUGUACCAGCCUCAGCCCUUAGCGCAGCCGCCUCAUCAUUCGCACGUCGAGAGCUUCAAGGCGUGGAAAUACCAUACGGCGUUGAAAGCGGCAUUGGGGCGGCAAUGAACCCCGUUCUGCAACUGACGCCAUUGCCAUUCUUCAUUUUUGGAAUUGAUAUCCCUUUAUUUUCAAGUUUUUGGUACUGUCAUCGUAUGACUGAGUUAGACAUAAGGAGUCGGCGACGUCAUACUUACUCCGAUGUACACAUGCAUCUUGCAUUCCGCCAUGCCAUUGUGUGGCAGUCAUGUAAAUGUCUCAUGUCUCCUCAUAGAGUUUCACUGG